ACAAGUGCAGACAGGCAGGACUUUAAAGCGAGCCGAGGGUGGUUUGAUAGGUUUCGUCGACGAACUGGCAUUCACAGUGUCAUAAGACACGGGGAGGCUUCAAGUUCAGAUGAAAAAGCAGCAAAAGCAUUUGUAGAUGAAUUCGCAGAGUUUGUAAAAAGUGAAGGAUACGUCUGGAAUCAAGUGUUUAAUUGCGAUGAGACCGGUCUUUUUUGGAAAAGAAUGCCUAGACGAACGUACAUAACCCAAGAAGAGAAAGCACUUCCCGGGCACAAGCCCAUGAAGGACAGACUCACUCUUUUAUUUUGCGCUAAUGCAAGUGGUGACCUCAAAAUCAAGCCACUUUUAGUCUACAACGCUGAAAAUCCCCGUGCCUUUAAGAGCAAAAAUGUGAUAAAGUCCAAACUGCCUGUACAAUGGAAGGCAAAUAGUAAGGCAUGGGUAACUCGGACUUUAUUCAUGGAUUGGCUCACAGAAGUGUUUGCUCCUACUGUUAAAAAUUAUCUUCAGGAAAUGGAUCUUCCUCUUAGAUGUCUUCUCUUAAUGGAUAAUGCUCCAGCACAUCCACCAAAUUUGGAGGACGACUUGGAUAGUGAACAUGACUUCAUCAAGGUCAAAUUCCUUCCACCCAACACAACUCCAUUACUGCAACCAAUGGAUCAGCAAGUGAUUUCCAAUUUUAAAAAGCUGUAUACCAAGGCACUGUUUACCAUGUGUUUUCAGGUUACCAAUGAUACCGACUUAACUCUUAGAGCUUUUUGGAAGGAGCAUUUUAACAUCCUGCAUUGUAUCAACCUUAUUGACAAAGCCUGGAGUGAGGUCUCUCACCGCACUUUGCAAUCGGCCUGGAGGAAACUUUGGCCAACUUGUGUCCCAGAGCGAAACUUUCAGGAAUUUGAAGAAGAGAGCUCUCCUGAUGUAGUGCAUGAAAUCGUGUCCAUUGGCAAGAGUUUGAGAGUAGAGGUAGAUGAUGCAGACGUGGAGGAGUUGCUGAAAGACCAUCAAAAUGAACUAACGACAGAAGAGCUGGUUGCCAUGCAGGAAGAACAGAUGAAAGUCUUACAAGAAGAGCAUUCGUCAGAGGAAGAGGCUAGGGAAGAAAUCACCAGUGCUGAGAUCAAGGAAAUUUGCAGAAAAUGGAAUGAUGUGCAGGAAUUUAUCGAGAAGCACCAUCCUAACAAAGUUGUGGCUAAUAGGGUCAUUAAUUUAAUGAACGACACUGUGCUAGCGCAUUUUAGAAAAAUUUUGAUUAAGAGAGUAAGACAAUCAACUUUAGACCACUUUCUUGUUCCUUAUCAAAAGAGACCUCGACUCGAAGAAACUCCCGAUGCAGUGCUACCCGAUAUUUUUAUGGAGGGGGAUUCCUCUUCCAAGCAUUAAGCUCUGUAGAAACAAAGGUAUGUACAGUGCUACUUUAUUAAAUAAAGUUUACAUAUUUGUUGCUGUAAUGAUAGAUACUAUGUUUUCUUAUAUUUUCAUCAAAGAAAACCCAUUUUACAAAUAAAAUUACAAAAAUACUGAUGGCUAGAACGGAUUAAUUGUAUUUGCAUUAAUUUCUAUGGGAAAAAUUGCUUCGGUUAAUGAAUGGACUCGUGGAACAGAUUACAUUCGUUAACAGGGUUCCACUGUAUAUGGAAGAAAGUUUUAUUAAAAAUGAUUUACAAGUGU